AUGUCUCUCUCCAAUAAACUCUCCAUCGCCGAUGUUGAUCUCAAAGACAAGCGUGUCUUCAUCAGAGUCGACUUCAAUGUCCCGCUCGAUGGUGACAAAAAAGUCACAAACACUCAGAGAAUAGCCGGUGCAAUUCCUACCAUCAAGUAUGCCAUCGACCAUGGCGCCAAAGCCGUCAUCCUUGCCUCUCAUCUCGGCCGUCCGGACGGAAAGGCCAAUCCCAAAUAUAGCUUGAAGCCUGUCGUUCCCGAACUCGAGAAGCUUCUCGGCAAGUCGGUCACUUUCACCAAUGACUGUGUAGGCCCCGAAGUGGAAGAAACUGUCAACAAGGCCUCUGGUGGCCAAGUCAUCCUGCUCGAGAAUCUGCGUUUCCACGCUGAAGAGGAGGGCAGCAGUAAGGACGCUGAUGGUAACAAGGUCAAGUCAAGCAAGGAGGAUGUUGCCAAGUUCCGUGCUGGCCUCACUGCUCUGGCUGAUGUCUAUGUCAAUGACGCUUUCGGCACUGCCCACCGUGCACACAGCUCCAUGGUCGGUGUUGACCUACCUCAGAAAGCCGCCGGCUUCCUCGUCAAGAAGGAGCUCGACUACUUCGCCCAAGCCCUCGAGAACCCCAAGAGACCAUUCCUGGCAAUUCUUGGAGGUGCAAAGGUCACAGACAAGAUUCAACUUAUUGACAAUCUGCUGGGCAAAGUCAACAUCCUCAUCAUCACUGGUGCUAUGGCCUUCACAUUUAAGAAAACGCUCGAGGGCGUAAAGAUUGGUAACAGCUUGUUCGACCAGGCCGGUAGCGAAAAGGUCGCUGGUAUCGUAGAAAAGGCCAAGAAGAACGAUGUCAAGAUCGUCCUGCCCGUGGACUACAUCACCGCCGAUAAAUUCGGGGCCGACGCUCAAACCGGCUAUGCCACAGAUUCCGACGGCAUCCCUGAUGGCUGGCUCGGUCUCGAUGUUGGCGAGAAGAGUGUCGAGUUGUACAAAGAAGCCAUUGGCGAAGCCCAAACCAUCCUCUGGAACGGCCCACCCGGUGUUUUCGAAAUUGAGAAGUUUGCCAACGGCACCAAGAAGACUUUGGAUGCGGCUGUGGCUGCCGCAACAAGCGGUAAGGUGGUCAUCAUUGGAGGUGGUGACACUGCCACUGUGGCUGCCAAGUACGGUGUUGAGGACAAGCUGAGCCAUGUCUCCACUGGCGGUGGUGCGAGUUUGGAAUUGCUUGAAGGCAAGGACCUACCUGGUGUCUCUGCACUGUCAAGUAAGUAG